UGUAUUCUUAGCAAGAAAGUGAGAAACUUCUCGAAACACAAAUCUAUGCUUGGAGUACUGUGGAUAGCACUGUUAUUGCAGUGCUCUCUGACAGAACAUCACAACUCUGUGGAGAGUAUCAUCGACAGAAUCGGAGACUACGCUGAAACUCUAGGUUUGGACACAGAUAGAGAUGAAUUUUUCUGGGACGGAGAUUACUGGAUGGAACCAUCCCAGCACGUUAUGACGUGUCCCGAUGGCUUUGGCUGGGAAGGGGAUUUCACAAACGGUCAAUGUAAACCAUGUUCGGCAGGUCAUUUCGCAGACGGUUAUGAUUUUGGUUUGAAGUCAAGAUGCAUUCCAUGUCCAUCAGACGAAUUUGAAGACGGCCAGGAGCAGGGAUAUUGUAAUGGAUAUUGCAACGUUGGAACAACUUUUCAGGUUGGGUCUACACAAGAAAGCGAUUGCGUUGAUCCUGAUGAAAUGUUUGGAGAAGGAUCUUUUCAAAGUGAGGUUUCCGUGGAAGUUGACAUGACUGGUGACUGGUCUUUCUUGAAUGAUAUUCUCAAGGAGGCAUCUGCCAUCGGCUUUUACGAAGCAAAAGCAUUUGUUGAGUACGACGAAAAAGACCACUUUAGCAAACUUCAAGUUCGGGCUAUGCUACCAAACAACGUUGCAGUGCAUGCUCACGGCUUUUUAUUGAAAUUCAAAGCUUACAAAGACUCGAUCAAUGACUAUGCUUCUCUUGCUGACCAUUACACAAGAAUCAUCUUCGACAUGCUUAAUAAUGCGGAGACAUUCAAAGAGUUUGGGUGGAAGAUGAAUCACGAUCAACUCAGGGUCAAAGACGAGGAGAUCUUGAGUGUUGACGUUCACCUAAACCAACAUUGCGAGGAUGGUUAUCGCUCUGCAGAAUGGGAAGGAGUGGGAACCAAAUGCGUAAAAGAUAACACGAAUGCCCCAUCUUUGAAAAAAAGUGUGUUUAUCCAAUACGUAGGAAAAUCUCAAGACUGUAUGAGUCUUGGUGGUGAGGCAAGACUUAGAGAUUUUGUACAAUACAACUGGCCCUUCCCUUGCCUUGAAAGUGAUGAAUGUGAGGCACAUUUCACAACCUGCAACACGCUUAUUUCUGGAGAAUGUGCCAUAAUGAUACAUUUGAUUUUCUAUGACGAUGAUGCCGGGCAAGGAACUGUGGAAUCAAACCUUGAUAAAGCAAAUGAUGUGGAAUACUACGACGGAGAAUCAUUUGAAUACUCGGAAGAAAAUUCGUACAAAUUCAGAGACAGUUCUGAAUGUGGAGCGGAUCCAAAGAUAGACUCAGAUGGAUCAUUUAAAUGUUCAGAGAGCUGCGAUUCCGAGGGUGGUUAUCGACUAACCAAAUCCGGCAACUGUCAGAAGUGCCCUUACAGUACUUGGUUCGAUAGAAAUUCUGAAAGCAAUUUCCCAAGAUGCCACUCAUGUAGCUUUUAUCAGAGUGUGACAGUUUUCGAUAAUGUCCCAAAAAGCGCCGAAGGUUGUUUAAAUGGCGGGUAUACCAGGGAAAAAAACUCUGAUGGCGUGUGGGGAGGCUAUGGGGCGUACGUAGAUGCAGAUUUAGAGUUUGAAGUAAAUGCAAACGUAGAAAUGUACCUCUGCGAAGUCAUGGAAGUUAAACAGGGAUUUCAGGACUUCUGCUCGGACAGGUUUUCUAUUGAAAGAAUGUCCCUUGAUGAUUUUACAGAUUACAAUGUAGAAAUGCUAGGGUGCUUGGUCAUGGAAGAGUUUUCAGAGAUCUAUGAACACAGUUGCAAGGACUUUACCCGUUCAUGGUCAGAUAUCAUGGAUAAUUUCUAUUGGGAAGAUGUUGCUUGCUUUGUCGCAAAGAAAAUUCACAAAAUUGACGAAAGAAGUCAAAGUUGUGAAAAUUUGUCAGACAACGACAAUCAUCUUACAAUGGCCUUUGAUUUUACUGAAUACUUUAGUGGUCACGACAUUGCAUGGGCUAGUGGCUUUUAUCUGCCACUUUUCUCCCACGUCGGGAAAAUGGAAAGAUUUCAAAUGGAUGCAGUCAGUAAGACUGUGGAGGGUGCAUUCCGGAAAUUUGGAAUGUAUGAGAUGACCAAGCUUACAGGUCUACAAAUGAUGGAUCAUGUGAGAGAUAUGAUCCUAACAAUUCCUCGAGGACUGAGAAUGGCGGAAGGUACAUUUGAAUAUACAACGAAAGAUGAUGAUAUUUACUGCGAUAAUGGACAAGUGAAAUUAAGUUGUUUAUAUAGUGGUUCUGCAUGUGAGUGCGAAGCUGAACCGGAGGCGGAUUGUGACUUUCCAAAUGACAUCAAUAACGGGAAAUUAUCCGGUAUAUAUAACAGAGACUACGUUAGCAGUGAUCAACUAUGUGAAGGCUGUGAAAAUCCUGUGACAACAUAUCGAUAUAGUUGUGAAGAGGGAUACAGGUUAGACAACUUGGAAUCGAAUGAAGACUGUGAAGUUGUAUCGUUUUACUGCAAAACAACAGACAAUACAAUCAACAGACAACCAAACUGUGUGAGGGACACCUGUGUAUUCAGGGAAUUAGGAAAUGGAUACAUCGCAAGAAAACAUGCUGAUCUGGAUAGACCAUGUAGGUCCGUUGAAUACAAAUGUGACCCUGGAUAUGAAAUGGAAGGAGAAGCAGAAGUGUAUUGCUCUGUUGAGGGCGGUAAAUCUGAUAUGCCUCAAUGUGUCAAAGCAGAGUGCGAAUUUCCUGAGGAGCUGGAAAAUGCAAGAUUUAUAGUAGAAUAUGCCGAAUAUGACGGAAAUCGUGCAGGUUUGUAUCAAUGCCUGGACGGAACUCGGUAUUACGGUGACGUUUACGACCGUAUACAAUGUGGUGAUUCCUCAACAGGCUGUGAAAAACGCAACUAUUGCCCUGCCAUGAUCGAAAACGGAUACUUGAUGAGGGAAUGGGAAUGGGAUGAGUAUGAGACUUACAUCGGAGAAUACAGAUGCCAUCCUGGCUUCGAGCUGAGGAAUCCACAAAUAUUUAGCUCCAGCGAACAAGAUUACGAGGACAAAUAUGGCUGGGGAGCGUGUGGAAGAUCUCGUAAUGAAAACGUUGAUCCUGAGAAUCUGCCUCGUUGCGUGGAACCUGGCAGCCCUGAGCCCUGCAACAUGCCUCAAGAGAUCUAUAAUGGAUAUCGAGUGGAAGAAAUAAAGAACGAAAUGUACGAUAUUGUCGACCAAGCAAGAUACAGGUGUAACAGUGGGUACAUGAUGAGUGAAACCUGGAAAGGUGACAUAGGCUGGUGUAGAAGCGACCGAACCUUUGAACUUCCUUACUGUGUGGAUCCAAAAGAUUGGUACACAAUAGAAUUUGAGCUGGUUCCCGGAACAAGCAAGAUGGAGAACGCUGGUCGGGCCAAGGCCAGACAUAAUUACGCUGAUGGAUCUUCUGGGGAUUGGUAUGCAGCAUGUGACGACCACUUUAACGGUGCAGCCGCCGGAGCAAUGUGUAGAUCUAUGGGAUUCAGACACGGCAAGCAGAUCAAAGCUGACAAGAAAAUGAAACCAAUUGAAGAUAUUCCGUUUGGAAUGACCAACGUUUUCUGCUACCACGACGACACACUCAUGAUGAGCCCAAGUUGCAAUGGAGAUGAAUACGGUCAAAUGGGCUGGCCUCUUUGUGCUCCUGAGGAGCAAAUUGCCAUUCAGUGCUUUGACGAUAUGUGGAAGGUUGACGUCGGCUUCAAAAUGGUUCAGCGAAGCGGGAAGAUGUUUUGCCCCACACAGGUCAUGAAAGAAGGAAAUAUGAUGAAACUGAAGAAUAUGGAUGUUCAUGUUAAGUGGGGAGGAGUGCACCUAGGUAGAGAUGGUUACUACGAAACUAAGUAUUUCGAGGAGGGAGUCCAAUACAACUCAAUGGGAAAGUUCAGCCAAAAGAAGGGGUUCAAAGCUCGUUUUAUUGGUAAUAAAAUGGACUACGACUGCUUCUUCUGUGAUAUUUACAUGGGUGAGCACAUCAUGAACCCCUGGCCAGACAAAAAUCACAACUGCCCCGCUGAGUAUUCUGAAGACGGUGGUAUGAUGGAUGACAUGGACAUGAACUAGAUGAUAUUUCAUUCUUAAACCAAUGGACAAGUGAAUUUAGUUAGCUGAACCAAUAUAUUGACAAAUUACAUUUCAGAAGCUCGUUAGUAUUAUAACAAUUGAAAAUUUCGUUCACCUUUUAGGACUUUAAAUAGAGUUAUACGACGCUUAUAAAAAUUGGGUGACCACUUCCUCCAGAGUUAUUUCCAAUUUAGUUAGAUAUAUAUUUCUGUUAUGCAUGCUUUCAAUAUUUAUACAGUUACAAAUUUUAGUUCUACAAA